AUGUCUUUGAAUCAAGAACAAGGUUGGAUGAAUUCACUCUUUGAGGACCCUCCACUUAUUCACGAUGGACCAGAUGCCCCAGCUCGCCAAGCUGGAGGGAAUUUGCUUCCCAAACCCGGUUCUCCAGCACGAGUGCAAUUUGAUAAAACCCAUGAGGUCAAAAUCAAUGUUGAGUUCAAGAUUGCUUUUGAGGACGAGCCGGACGAGCCACAAGUCCGCAUUGGAGGAUCCACAAAGUCUAAACCAAAGAAGACCUUUACAGUCAUCAAUUCUAACAACCUUCCGACCGGAAAAGGCAAAUUUGUACGUGCCUGUCUUAUAGGUAAGAGUCUGAAUGAAUUCAAGGUUUUGUGUGGCAACGUGAUUGGGGAAAUGCGAGAGGGGAUGAACGAGGUCAUUCUGACUGGGGAGAUGGCCAAGGAGUUGAUAUGGAAAGUCAAGGUUGGAAAGACCCCAUUCACCCUCAGUUCGUACACAGAGUGGCAGGAACUUGUGGACACAAUCGAUAGGUCCAAAACCAAAAUUGGAGACCUUACCAUCAGUACCCCUAGUGAUGCUCAAAAGAAGCGUGAAUUGGCCGCGAUCGAUGGAACUGCGACUUUGGAUAUGCCUCCUAAUUCUCAAGCUUACCGCGAGAUAAUGAAGAAAUCCAAAUGUCGUGGUGACAAAUCGACUUCCAAAGAUGCGGACACUUCCAAUCUGAAACGCAGGAUUAGUGGUCCUUCUUUGGCCAACAAAAAAUCAAAGGCAAUCCAUUCUGGCAGACCGAGUCUUCCAGACAAUUCAGGUGUUGCACAAUCCACUUCCACCUCCAACCAAGCGGGUGCAGGACAACACGCUCACAUCGAUCCAUCCCUUCAAGAUCCGAAGAUCAUUGAUAUGACCCGCUCAGGUUCUGAAGGAGAUUUCAAAGAGGAUUUUGAAGAAGAGUUGGAAGAUGGUUUGGAAGAUGAUUUUGUAGACAGAACGUUGACCUCAGACAACAUCGAAAUCAUGUCUUGA